AUUCUCUUUUCAUUUGCCGCUUCGAACGGACGUGUCGCGCUGUCGCUCGGCGCAGCAAACAAUCGAAAAUAUUUGCGUCGCGUUUUCUGGCGAGCUGUUCUCUCGUAUUUGUUUACAACCCGUUACAAAUUUAAAAAGUGUUGUUCAUAAUUAUUGAAAGAAAAAGCCAUAACGAAAAGUAUUUUGCAAAUUGCAUUACUAACAACAACAACAACAGCUACAAUUGGCAAAGUGAGUGUGUUUAGUGCGAGUGUGUGUGAGUAAAACUAUUAAACAACAAGAAACAACAAAGGCAACAACAACAAGCGACGAAGCAAAGCAAACCCAAGCAGUUAACGUAAAAGCAAAAACAAAAGCAGCGCAGCAGCUGCGUCAUCAACGUCGACGCCGGCUUUGGCAUCAUUAGUUUUACUUGAUCUCGGACUACGCGACUGCAGCAGCGGGAGCAGCAGCAGCUUGGCGCUCUCUUCUUACCUGUCAAACCGGUUUUGUGAGCUCACACAACAAGUAGAAAAAGAAGCAGAAGAAGAAGAAGAAGCAGGAGCAGCGCGCGUCGCUUAAAAAAGGUUUUUACGUGUGUCGCGACUACUGCGAGUGUAUGCGUGUGUGUGUGUGUGUCUGAGUUUCUUGGAAACCUUUCAAGCGUCGUUGUCGUCGCCUGCAUACAACUACAACAACAACUCGAGUGAUUUCUGAUUAACAACAACAAGCAGCAAACGCAAGAGCAAAGCAAACGACCGAUUAUAACAGUGAAUAGGUGUGUGUGCGUGUAUGCGUAUGUGCGUAUGUGCAUGCAUGUGUGUGUAUGUUUUAAAGUGCAAGAGCAACACAGCAAAGAAAAUGCUUGAGGUUUAAGACCUGGCCAACAGAAGGGCCAACAAACCAAGCAGACGCGCCGCCAUCUUGAAUUUUGAAGUUUUUGUGUUAAGUGUUUGUUGUUGUUAUUUUGAUUACUCUUUCGCCUAACGUUCGUUACGUUUCGAAUACAACAAUAACAGUUUCGUGUUUGGAUUUUUCGGCCGCAAUGUGGCGCUGCUGCUAAAACUAGCAGAGGGCGCUGCAGCAAGUGCAAGUGCAAGUGACAGAAAGAGUGAAGGAGAUAGUAACACACUGGCAAAACUUUUGCUGCGAUAAUAAUACUAAUAACAAUAACGACAACAAGAACAACGAUUACCCAAAACUACGACAAGAUGAGAGCAACAACAGUAAACAGUAGUGCGAGGAGCGCGACAACAGCAAAAAGCGCCAGCAACAACAACAGCUACAGCAGCAAUAACAACAACAACAACAACAGAAGCAGCAGCUGCACUACAAGAAGACAAAGCUUUGGCAAAUUAUUUUUAAUCGUCCUGGUAACGCUGAGCAGCAGCUGUCUGGGCGACGAGUCCAUUGACACACGUGAGAAUGCAGAUCUUGUGCUGAAGUGUCGUUUCACCGAGAAAUAUGAGGCAAAUGAUUUCUCAUUCUUCUGGACGCGUUCGAUAUCGAAUCCGGCGCAAUUUGACAACGUGGCCAUCGGUGAAGUGCAGUUGAGUUCCGGCUAUAGACUCGACUUUCAACCGGAGCGUGGCAUUUAUGAUCUGCAGAUCAAGAAUGUGUCCUACAAUCGGGACAACGGACGCUUCGAGUGCCGCAUCAAGGCCAAAGGCACCGGUGCCGAUGUGCAUCAGGAGUUCCAUAAUCUCACCGUCCUCACACCCCCCCAUCCGCCGGUCAUUUCACCCGGCAGCAUUGCCGUUGCCACCGAGGAUAAACCCAUGGAAUUGACCUGCAGCAGCAUUGGCGGUUCACCGGAUCCCACCAUAACCUGGUAUCGCGAGGGUUCAAAUGCGCCACUUCCAGCGACAGUGUUGCGCGGUGGCACUAAGGAUCAGCCCACAAAUGCCACACUCUUGAUUACACCGCGUCGCGAGGACGAUGGCGCCAAAUACAAGUGUGUGGUGCGCAAUCGAGCCAUGAACGAGGGCAAACGCCUGGAGGCGACAGCCACCUUGAAUGUCAACUACUAUGCUCGCGUUGAGGUGGGACCUGAGAAUCCACUGCGCGUGGAACGUGACCGCACUGCCAAAUUGGAGUGUAACGUCGAUGCGAAACCAAAGGUGCCGAAUGUGCGCUGGACACGCAACGGCAGCUUCAUUAGCUCCUCGCUGGUGCACACCAUCCACCGGGUGAGCGUGCAAGAUGCCGGAAAAUAUACGUGCAGCGCCGACAACGGACUGGGCAAGGCCGGAGAACAGGAGCUCAUACUGGACAUUCUAUAUCCGCCCACCGUGGUCAUUGAGUCGAAGACUCGCGAGGCCGAGGAAGGCGAAACCGUCAACAUACGCUGCAAUGUCACCGCCAAUCCGGCGCCUGUCACCAUCGAAUGGCUGCGCGAGGGCGCUCCCGAUUUUCGCUACAACGGCGAUGUGCUCAAUCUGCCCUCGGUACGCGCCGAACACGCCGGCAAUUACAUCUGUCGCGCCGUCAACAUUAUGCAGAGCCAGGGCCAGGAGCGCAGCGAACGUGUCGGCAACUCCACAGUCGCUCUGCUCGUGCGUCAUCGUCCCGGUCAGGCGUACAUCACACCCAACAAGCCGGUGGUGCACGUGGGCAACGGUGUGACGCUCACCUGCUCGGCGAAUCCCCCCGGCUGGCCAGUGCCUCAGUACCGCUGGUUCCGCGACAUGGAAGGAGAGUUCUCAACUAGCCAGAAGAUACUUGCUCAGGGACCACAGUACUCCAUACCGAAGGCGCAUCUGGGCAACGAGGGCAAGUAUCACUGUCAUGCCGUCAAUGAGCUAGGCAUUGGCAAGAUGGCCACAAUUGUGCUGGAGAUACAUCAGCCACCGCAAUUCCUCGCCAAGUUGCAGCAGCACAUGACCCGACGCGUGAAGGAUGUGGAAUAUGCGGUGACCUGCAGUGCCAAGGGCAAGCCAGCGCCCAGCAUCAAGUGGCUGAAGGAUGGCGUUGAAAUAUUGCCCGAACUGAAUCUGUACGAGGUGAAGACAAAUCCCGAUCAGGGACCCAAUGGCGUGGUCACGGUCCAAAGCAUGCUGAAGUUCCACGGCAAUGCACGACCAUCGGGCAAUCAACUGGUGCCGGGCGAUCGAGGACUCUACACGUGUCUCUAUCAGAACGAAGUGAACUCCGCAAACUCGUCGAUGCAGCUGCGCAUUGAGCACGAACCCAUUGUGCUCCAUCAGUACAACAAGGUGGCCUUUGACAUACGUGAAACCGCUGAGGUUGUGUGCAAGGUUCAAGCUUAUCCCAAGCCCGAGUUCCAAUGGCAGUUUGGUAAUAAUCCCUCGCCCUUGACCAUGUCCUCUGAUGGUCACUACGAGAUUAGCACGACGACAGACAACAAUGACAUCUACACCUCGGUACUCCGCAUCAAUUCACUGACACACUCCGACUACGGUGAAUACACGUGUCGUGUGGUCAACUCCCUGAAUACGAUACGUGCUCCGAUACGCCUACAGCAGAAGGGUCCGCCCGAGAAGCCAACGAAUCUGCGUGAAGUGGAUGUGGGCCACAACUAUGUGACACUCAGCUGGGAUCCUGGAUUCGAUGGUGGACUGAGCAAGACCAAAUUCUUCCUGAGCUAUCGUCGCGUGGCCAUGCAGCGAGAGGAGCAACUGAUUCCCGAUUGUGCCAACUUUGCGAAUGCCAAUUCCGAUUGGGUUGAGGUCGAUUGUCAGCGAGAUAUUCCCUGCAAGGUGACAUCGCUGGAACAGCAUCAGAACUAUGCCUUCAAGGUGAAGGCGCUGAACAUCAAGAACGCUUCGCCCUACUCCAAUGAGAUCACCGUGGCGACAAAGGUCAGUCGCAUUCCACCCCCGCUGCAAGUCACCUACGAGCCAAGCACACGCACCCUGGGCAUCGAUGUGGGCGCCACUUGCCUCAAUCUGGUGGCGGUUGUCGAGACUGUCCAUCAUGGAGAUACGCCCAUGACCACAGCCUGGGAGGUGGUUGAAACAUUGGAUAAUCUGCAGCUCUCGGGCAAUGGUCCCACGCACAAGGAGAAGGUCAUUGAACGCGUGAUGACGCCACGUCGCAGUGGCGGCGGACGGGCUUUGGGUCACACCAUCAAUGAGGAGGAGGACGAGGAUGCAAAUCUCAAUAAUAUUGUCUUGGAGCAGGAUGACAACAUGCCCACAGUGCGAGUGAAGCUGUGUCUGCGCAACAAUCACAAGCAUUGCAGCGACUACACGGAUGCUGAGAUUGGACGGCCCUAUAUCGCAGAGGCAAACGCCCUGGCCACGCCCACACUGAUUGCGAUAAUCGUGUCGUGCAUUGUGUUCGCACUAUUCGCCGGUUUGCUGCUCAUGUUCUGCCGCUGCAAGCGCAAUCAGUCGAAGAAGAGCGCCGCCGCCAAGGACUACGAGAUGGACUCGGUGCGGCCAUCGAUUGUGGCCGCCCAACAGAAUCAGGCACCGCCACCGUAUUACCCGGCGAGCGGGCUGGACAACAAGGCCCUCGAGCACUCAAUGGAUCUGGCCCUCAGCAUGGAGGACCAAAAGACAGCACUCUAUGCCACACAAAAUGGCUAUAGCUAUCAUCCGGGCAGCGGUGUUGUUGGCGUUGGCCUCGGAGGCACCCUUGGCUCUGGCGGUGUUGUUGGCGUCGGCGGUGUUGGCAGCGGUGUUGGCACCAUCGGCAGCGGCGGCGUUGUUGGUGUCACAGGCAUACCCGGUUUGACAGGACACACGUUGCCAGGAAAUGAAUGGGUCAACAUGGGCUACAUGGAGAACAAUUAUUCGAAUUCGAACAAUGGCGGCAGCGUCAACUCGCAGGACUCGCUCUGGCAGGUGAAAAUGUCAGCAGCGGCUGUCGGUAAUCAGCAAACUCUCGUCCAGGCGCCACACAAUCAAUAUGUGGAGCAGCAACCCACCUACGGCUACGAUCCGCUCACGCAUGGCGGCUACGGUGCUGUCGACGACUACGCCCCCUAUCCACAUUUGACGGCCACGCCCAGCCAGGUGGGCGACGAGUAUCACAAUUUGCGCAACAGCCAAAAUCCGUCCCGGCAGGAUUACUGCAGUGAUCCCUAUGCAUCAGUACAGAAGCCCAAGAAGCGUGUCGAUCAGCAUUUAGAUUCACCAUAUCACGACGUAAGCGGCCUGCCGAACCCAUACAACAUGGAGCACAUGGAACAGGACGAGGUGCUGCCCCCCCAACAGCACAUGUCCCUCAGCUAUGAUGACAGUUUCGAGGGCGAAUAUUCCACAACGCCGAAUGCCCGAAAUCGUCGUGUCAUACGCGAAAUUAUUGUCUAAGGAGGAGAACGUAUUCCCAAAACACACUCAGCAACAACGACAACAAACAAAAUGAAAAAGAGGCAGAAGAACAGGCACUCCAUCUUAUUAUAUCUCACAUCACACACUCACACACACACACAAACACAUUCAAUCAUUAUUAUCAUCAUCACAUCAGCGGAAGCUGCAAAGUAAAAUCUCAAUUCUUACAUAUUUUUUACUCAAUUUGAGAAGUGGCCAUUUUUGAAUAUGUGUUUUUUUUUAACAUAAAAUAUUUGUUGUUAUAAGUACGAGUAUGAUAUCGAUAGACGGUAACGAUAACGAUAGCGAUAGCUAGUUUAGUUGAGGGUACGUGUGUUGAGUUUUAUUGGCAACGAAAUGAUAUACGAUAACGAUAAUUAAGCAUCGAGUUCUCCUCUCACAUUAUCAAAACCAAGCUCUAGUUAAGGCCGUGACAUCACACUUUGUUGUCCCACACACACAGAUACACACACACAUGCACUAAAUGUUAAAUACGAGCUACUCACUCUCCCUCUCUAUAUAGUAUAUGUAUAUUAUAUAGGGCAGCUAAGUUCUAACGUACGGUAAAUACUUACUUAUGCUAUGAGGUCCCAGUCGCAUGCAUUCGCAAGAAGAUCGAAACCUAACUGUAAGGCAUCAAAUGUUGAAAUGAGCAAAAUUUCAAAAACUAAAACAAAACAAAAAAAAAAGAGAAAAAAAAAACAAGAAUUAUAUAUAUAUAUACAUUAUAUAAAUAGAUAUAUCUCACACGUGUUUUCCGUAAGGCAGAAGCAACCGUUCACAUAGCCGUUAAGAAUUGAUCGUAAAAGAGUUGUGGCCACGCAUUCGACACUUUGUCGUCGUUUGCUACACAGUUUAGUUAAUUAAAUUAAUUAUAUUUAUAACAAAAAAAAAACAAGAUAACAGUACGACCUGCCACAAAACAAAAAAAAAAGAAUAAAAUAAUUUACUUUAAAAUAAUUUAAAUUUUUAAAUAAAUCUGAAAAAAAAAACAAAGUAAAAAAAUAAAACAAAAUGUUGCUUUAAGUAAGUUAUAAAGAAACAAAAGAAAAUGAAAUGAAACUUUACAAAAAUUAUUAAAAAUAAUUCAAAAACUAUAUAGAAAACCAUAAAAAUAACAGCAACAACAACUCCAACUGUGCAGCAUGAUAAACAAAAAACUACGGAAACUUUAAAACUAAUUUGAAAAAUUACAAAAACGAAACUCUUUAAUUUGUGUUCUGUGAGCUUUCUGUUGAAAUUUAAAAAUUUUUAUAUAAUUUGUAAAGUUAAACAAAAAACAAAAAAAAACACAAAAAUAA